UAAACGAAGUUUAAAGUGUCAAAUAGGUGGAAUUGAGCGCAUCCAUUUUCAUUGGCAGAGUAGAGGCUACACGCUGUCAUUUGAACCGUUGUCACAUUCUUUACGUUCUCAAAUUCUAUCACAAUGGGAAAAGUUAAGUGCUCCGAAUUGCGUACAAAGGACAAAAAAGAGUUGACCAAACAACUCGAUGAACUCAAAACUGAGCUCCUUGGUUUGCGUGUCGCCAAAGUUACCGGCGGUGCUGCAUCCAAAUUGUCCAAAAUCCGUGUCGUACGCAAAGCUAUUGCUCGCGUCAACAUUGUGAUGCACCAAAAGACCAAGGAGAACUUGCGCAAAUUCUACAGAAGCAAGAAAUUCAAGCCAUUGGACUUGCGACCAAAGAAGACUCGUGCUAUCCGCAAAGCUUUGUCAUCACGCGAUGCCAACCGCAAAACUUCAAAGGAAUUGAGAAAACUUUCGGUGUAUCCACAACGGAAAUACGCUCUCAAGGCUUAAGUGAAAAUCUUAUUUGAUAUUCGGGUUUUUGGAGCACUGAAAAAGUUUAUUUUUUUUUGGAUACAAAACAACAACCAACAUUUGUUUCGUCAUAGCAAACAAAUUGAAAUGAAUAAUAAGAUUUAAUCAAUCAAAUCUAAAGAAAA